AUGGGGGCAGGGAGCCAGUCCUGUACCCACGAGAAGUGGCCUCGCCUGGUCAUCCCUGGGGCCGCAGACUCCCCGCACCGGCUCCUGGAGCAGGAAUCGGUGGCUCACCAUCUGGGAAACAACACGGAGCAGAAAGGGCAGGCUAUCCUGCCCUCCUCUGAGACCCAGCACUGCCCAGGAGGUCCCCAGACGCUAGAAGUCGUCCCGAUAAAUCCACCCCUGCGGCCAGCACCCCACCUCCUGGCCAGCCCGGACCUGGGCCAGAAUGUUCCUCCCCGACCCCAGCAGACCCAGCCCGGCCAGCGCAUCCUCGUGAAGGAGGUCAACGCCACCCAGGGCGCCCCACGCUUGUCAGGCUUUGGAAAAUACUGCAUUAAUGUGGCAACCAGCAGCAGCAGGUUUGAAAGUGUCAUCUUUGGACACCUGGGACAGGCGCUGGUGGAGGCCUGGAUCCUGGGCCCAGGCCCGAGCCACCCACACCCAGGCAGAGACCCGGAAUCAGAGAGCUCAGCCCACGCGGGUGCCUCUGUGAAACAGGCUGAUGAUUCCUACAGCGCCAGUAAGUUCCCAGAGCAUCGCAUGCUCCACUUUGGGGGUCAGCAGAAGGGUUCAAGGGUUCUGGUUGAUGCACGAGACAAGCUUGGUAUUCCUUGGCAGUAUUCCGAAAAUGAGAAGCACGGGAUGUUCCUCAUGGCCUUUGAGAACAAAGCAGGGCUGCCCGUGGAGCCUGCCACCUUUCAGCUGUACGUACCUGCUCUGAGCGCGCUCUGGAGGGAUUCUGGCAUCAGGGAAGCUUUCAGCCGGAGGAGCGAGUUUCAGCUGGGUGAAUCAGUGAAGUACUUCCUGGAUAACUUGGACCGGAUUGGCCAGCUGAAUUACUUUCCUAGCAAGCAGGACAUCCUGCUGGCGAGGAAGGCCACCAAGGGCAUCGUGGAACAUGACUUUGUCAUCAAAAAAAUCCCUUUCAAGAUGGUGGAUGUGGGCGGCCAGCGGUCUCAGCGCCAGAAGUGGUUCCAGUGCUUUGAUGGGAUCACGUCGAUCCUGUUCAUGGUCUCGUCCAGUGAGUACGACCAGGUCCUCAUGGAAGACAGGCGCACCAACCGCCUGGUGGAGUCCAUGAACAUCUUUGAGACCAUCGUUAACAACAAGCUCUUCCUCAGCGUCUCCAUCAUCCUGUUCCUCAACAAGACGGACCUCCUGGUGGAGAAGGUGAAGGCUGUCAGCAUCAAGAAGCACUUCCCAGACUUCAAGGGCGACCCCCACAGGCUGGAGGACGUCCAGCGCUACCUGGUCCAGUGUUUCGACCGGAAGAGACGGAAUCGCAGCAAGCCACUCUUCCACCACUUUACCACCGCCAUAGACACCGAGAACAUCCGCUUCGUGUUUCACGCCGUCAAGGACACCAUCCUGCAAGAAAACCUGAAAGAUAUCAUGUUGCAGUGA